AUGCCGCCCACAAUAAACGUCUCGGACAUUCAUUCCUUGAAGAGGAACGAGGCGCUGGAGAUCCUUGCCCAAUUAACUCGGAUAGAAAAAAAGACAUUCCCGACCAAUGAGGCUUUCGGCUUCGGGGAAGAGUUGUGGAGAAAAAAGCCCAACACGCGAGUCCUAUACGCGACUCAAACCAGGGAGGGCACUGGAUCGGAGCUCAUUGCUUAUGCAGUUUACGUGCGCCAAAAGGGUAUUGCCCUCCUACACAAGGUCUGUGUAAUAGAAGCCUGUCGCCGACAGGGUGUAGGGCAGCAGCUCAUGUCCUACAUUCAGGAGCGCCUACGGAAGGAGGGCUGCCAGUACAUCCAGUUGUGGGUAGACAAGGCCAGGGAACCUGCCCGAGCAUUGUAUAGGAGAGGUGGAUUCAAGGAGCAAGAGGAGAUCCCUGACUAUUAUGCCCCUGGACGGACAGGUAUUCGAAUGACCCUGGACUUGGAACGUGAUGGAUGA